AUGAAUCUCAAAGAAAUUGCGAUUGCAGCGGCUUUCAGUGUCAGAACAAGCAUUGCGAAGAAUAAGAAGAACCGGAAAGUGAAAAAAGUGCAAUUUUGGACGGGUAUUCCGAUGUGUCGUGUUUUUCUUCCAAUUUUUCGUUCCAGAGGACGUCCGAGUCGAGCGGAAUCUUGCGGAUCGUCAUUUUGCCUUGUAUCGAAAAGCAGAAAGAAUACGUUCCAUCCUCUUCAUUCAUUCACGUGCGCCGAUUGUGUGAGGAAAGUUCAUUCGGUUUGCGCUUUCCGAUUCACGGAUGAAGACGAAUACGAACUUCCCAAUACGACUGCAAAAUGCCUCGACUGCAGCGAUGGAGCCAAUAUGUCACACGACACCCGGAAAACACUCCUCGGACGACUCACUUCCAAAAUCGAUGCAGAGUUGCAAGAGGAUACUCUCAUUCUUCAGGAAGCCGCCGAAUUAAUGGAAGAGCUCGAGAACAACCUGCAAAAAUCAUCGGGACCUACUCGGAGACGAUUCGAAAAAGCUCUGCGUUCUUUCGGUGUCGACCAAAGAGCGUGGCUCCAGGAGUUCAACGGAAACAGCAUCCGGAAAAUUCUCCGCUCAGUGAAUACUGCGAAACUGCUCGCAGUUUUCCCCCCGAAUCCAUUCAUCACAAAGAUUGUCAUGGAGAAUUUGGGCUAUCUCAUGUCCAGUGCGGACACAUCGGCGAAAACGGACUCCGAAAUCGAUGAAAUCGAGAGUCACGUCAAUUCUCUCGUUCGGAAUCUUCGCAGUGCGAUGCCGGAGGCCGUUGUUACUCCUAAACUGCACUUGAUUUGUUCGCAUUUGAUCCCUUGA